GGAGACGUCAGCGCUGCCAGCGUGGAAACCGCGGCGGGGCGCGGGAGGCGGAAGUAGCGCGCGGGACCGCCGGGCCACCCCUGGACUCUGCCGGCCGCCUCAGCCAUGGACGCACCCUUGGAGAAGCAGACCCCACAUUAGCUGAAAUGGGGAAGAACCUGAAGGAAGCCAUGAAGAUGCUAGAGGACAGUCAGAGAAGAACAGAGGAUGAAAAUGGCAAGAAGCUUGUAUCAGAGGAUAUCCCAGGGCCACUCCCGGGCAGUGGACAGGAUAUGGUGAGCAUCCUUCAGUUAGUUCAGACCCUGAUGCACGGAGAAGAAGAAGAAGAACCCCAGAGUGCUCGAGUCCAGGAUAUUGGAGAACAGGGGCACAUGGCUUUGUUGGGGCACAGUCUGGGAGCUUAUAUCUCAACUCUGGACAAAGAAAAGCUGAGAAAACUCACAACAAGAAUACUUUCAGACACUACCUUGUGGCUAUGCAGAAUCUUCAGGUAUGAGAAUGGCUGUGCUUAUUUCCAUGAGGAAGAAAGAGAAGGCCUUGCAAAGAUCUGUAGGCUGGCCAUUCAUUCUCGAUAUGAGGACUUUGUGGUGGAUGGAUUCAAUGUGCUGUAUAACAAGAAACCUGUUAUAUAUCUUAGCGCUGCUGCCAGACCUGGCCUGGGCCAAUACCUUUGUAACCAGCUCGGCUUGCCCUUCCCCUGCCUGUGCCGUGUGCCCUGUAACACGAUGUUUGGAUCCCAGCAUCAGAUGGAUGUUGCCUUCCUGGAGAAACUGAUUAAAGAUGAUGUGGAACGAGGAAGACUGCCCCUGGUGCUUGUUGCAAAUGCUGGAACUGCAGCAGUAGGUCACACAGACAAGAUUGGACGUUUGAAAGAACUCUGUGAGCAGUACGGCAUAUGGCUGCACGUGGAGGGUGUGAAUCUGGCAACAUUGGCUCUAGGUUAUGUCUCCUCAUCAGUGCUGGCUGCAACCAAAUGUGAUAGCAUGACACUGACUCCUGGCCCGUGGCUGGGUUUGCCAGCUGUUCCUGCAGUAACACUCUACAAACAUGAUGAUCCUGCCUUGACUUUAGUUGCCGGUCUUACAUCAAAUAAGCCAGCAGAUAAACUCCGUGCCCUGCCUCUGUGGUUAUCUUUGCAAUACUUGGGACUUGAUGGGACUGUGGAAAGGAUCAAGCAUGCCUGUCAGUUGAGUCAACGGUUGCAGGAAGGUUUGAAGAAAGUAAACCACAUCAGAAUCUUGGUAGAAGAUGAGCUCAGUUCUCCAGUGGUGGUGUUCAGAUUCGUGCAAGAAUUGUCAGGUGCAGAUCCAGUGUUUAAAGCUGUCCCAGUGCCCCGCAUGGCACCUGCGGCUGCCGGCCGGGAGAGGCAUUCCUGUGACGCGCUGAAUCGCUGGCUGGGGGAGCAGCUGAAGCAGCUGGUGCCUGCCAGCGGCCUCACUGUCAUGGAUCUGGAAGCCGAGGGCGUGUGUGUGCGCUUCAGCCCCUUGAUGACGGCGGCAGUUCUAGGGACUCGGGGAGAGGACGUGGACCAGCUCGUGACCUGCAUACAGAGCAAGCUGCCAGUCCUGACCUGCACACUGCAGCUUCGGGAAGAGUUCAAGCAGGAAGUGGAGGCGACAGCAGGCCUCCUAUACGUCGACGACCCUAACUGGCCUGGUAUCGGGGUUGUCAGGUAUGAACACGCUAACGAUGAUAAGAGCAGUUUGAAAUCUGAUCCAGAGGGGGAAAAGAUCCAUGCUGGACUCCUGAAAAAGUUAAAUGAACUGGAAUCUGACCUGACAUUUAAAAUGGGCCCUGAGUACAAAAGCAUGAAGAGCUGCAUUUACAUCGGCAUGGCGAGCGAGGACAUCGAGGUUUCCGAACUCGUGGAGACCAUUGCAGUUACAGCCCGGGAAACAGAGGAAAACUCAAGGCUCCUGGAGAACAUGACGGAAGUCGUCCGGAAAGGAAUUCAGGAAGCUCAGAUCCAGCUGCAGAAGGCAAACGAGGAGCGGCUUCUGGAAGAGGGGGUGUUGCGGCAGAUCCCCGUGGUGGGCUCUGUGCUGAACUGGUUUUCUCCUGUGCAAGCUUCACAAAAGGGACGCACCUUUAACUUAACCGCAGGCUCUCUGGAGUCCACAGAACACACGUAUGUCUACAAAGUACAAGGUACAGGAGUGACCCCGCCUCCCACCCCGUCAAGCAUGCGCACCAAGCAGAGACUGCCAGGCCAGAAGCCUUUCAAAAGGUCCCUGAGAGGCUCAGAUGCUCUGAGUGAGACCAGCUCCAUCAGUCACGUAGAGGACUUGGAAAAGGUGGAGCAGCUGUCCAGUGGGCCGGAGCAGAGCACCCUGGAGGCCCACGGCCCUGAGCAACCCCCGGGGACUCGCAGGCCUCAGAAGACAGAGGCCCUCCCAGCCGGGGCCCAGUGCCCAGAAGGUGACUGCACACAGGUAGAAGAACCAGAAAGCUUAAGAUAAAAUGCAGUGUUGGGUUCAAGACUGUACCAUUGUUUCAGGGAAGAUGAAGUUCUAUUGAAAAUGUGAACCGAGAAGUACAAGAGAAGUGACUGUCAUUGUGUUGAACUGGAUUUUUGCACAACUGUGUGCCUGGGAGCCAGGCUUUCUGGGAGGACAGUCAGAACAGCCACCGACAGACAGUCGGGUAGUGACACCCAUUCUCCCCCUAAGUUACAUGAACACUUUUAUUCACAAAGAACACUUAGAAUUUCAAGCUCCUGCCACUUGAAACACUUGCUCUUACCUUUUUAAACAUAACUGUAAUAAGUUAUUAGGUUGCACAUAGUAACUUUUUGGUGAAACAGCUUUUGUUAGAGUUCUCCAUGAUCUCUGCUGUCCGCCGGCAGAGGCGACACCCAGACGUGCAGUGGUAGUCGCUCUGCCGUAGGAUCCAGUUGCAACCCCCACGUGGGUGGUCUGGCUUAAGGAGAGUGGUCUCAGUGGUGUAAAUAAGUCCGAGCCCUCUCCUGCCGUCCGCUGCUGCUCUGCCUGGAGCUCUGAGUACGGACUGUGUCCAUGUGAGCUGCGGCAGCCUCCUGUCUGGGGCUGGCUGCCGAAGCCGCCUCCCCCUUUCGAUACUCUUUGUAAACACAUGUAAGGACUCGUCUAUUAAGAGUAAAUAUAAAGUCUCUUCCAGACCCAUGUAUGUUUAUUUUUAAAUGCCAGUAAAGCUUUUAAAUUGGCACACAAGUAGAGGCUGUGCUCCUAUGUUUAAUAUCCAAAAACCUGAAGAUGCCACCCUUCGCAAACAUUAAGUAGGCCGUGUAGCCCCCCUGGAGUCAGGAUUCCACAGUAAGUGCGCCUCCGCCCCACUAGCAGUCACCCCUCUGGACCCAACUUAAAAGACAGGAACCAGAGACGACAUCUUCCUUAGGUGGACCAAGCCAGGCUACUUGCUAAAAGGACUGUGUUUCUACAUCACUUCAUUUAUCCCACGUAAUGGCCUUGUGCCUUUCUAGUCAAGCUAUGGGAGGUCUCCCACGGGUGAGGGAUUGACACUGGGUUUGUGGAUACUGUAUGGGACGCCUUAGCUCUUACGUCACAUUAAGCCUCUAAUUACUCUCUGAUUUGAUGUGAUUUUUGACAUUUGGCACUUGCCAAGAUGCAAUUUUCCUUUGUGGGGGGGUGGGUACAAAUGAUUCAAGUCUUCCCUGUAUAUUUGGUGCAAUGAAGUAUAACAGAUAAAAUGGGGGUGGGGUAAAUUAUCACCUUUAACAAGAUUAAUUUUUAAAGGUUUUUAUAUAUAUUUGGAAUUGUUAAUUGGUUUUGGUGAAACAGAAUUUCACCCUUGAGAUACUAUUUGAAUGUUCAAUAAAGAUUCUUGAAAUUGUUACCAAUGAAUUCAGUUCAUAAGUCUAUUAUUAGGCAUGGUAACUUCCUUCUGCAGGCAACUUUAGA